ACUUUUAUGUUGAAGGGCUGUUCUUGGCCGGCUGUGUGCAGAGUUCCGGUUCGGUUGUUUAGAAGAAAACGAGCUAGUGUGAUCGGAGAUCGUUAACGGUGUUUCUGCUGGAGUUAAGACGUUGGCUGCGGCCAACAGUAACCCGGAAUAAAGAUCCGAAACGGAAACAACAAGUUGGAGUCAUUAGCAUCUCUUAGAGAAGGCAACAAAAGUGUGUUUUAUAGGUGUGGUGGCUUUUGUUGAGCCGUGGCGGUGCGACACGAACUAGUUUAGCCCAGCAGAAAGGCCCCGCGGCUGGCUGGACCCAGCUCGACACAGCAGCAGAGCGAGUCCACAUCCAGAAGGAUGGAGCCGUGUUUCACUGACAGGCUGUCAGGCUAACGCCCUGAUGAGCUCAGCUGGGACAAACUGGUCUGAUGUUUAGAACGCUCAGAUGUUGGAGCUUCACGUCACCUACUGAGGAGCACCAGUAAAGAGACGGCGUCUGGACCAGACCAAAUUUUCUUUAACUCGUGAGAGCAGCGCACCGCACAGAAGCCCGCUCCUUCGCACACGGGGAAAAACGGCAGCACUGGUUUUUCAAAUUUUGUGUCAGUUUAAGGAAGAAGGAAGAGCUCCUGAAGAACUGAGGCCUCCUUUGAACCAGAAGGACAUGGAGCCCCUCAACAUGAAGCAGGAAGAGGAGGAGCAGCUUGAUGAGAUUAAAGCUGAUGCCACCAACAUUUCAUUCUCUGCAGUUUCUCAUCAGGUUAAGGAAGAAGGAAGAGAAGUUCUGUUGUCACAGUUUGAUCAGAACCAACCUAAAGACAGAGAUCUUCCAACCAGCAGCACCACUGACCAGAUGAAAGCAGAAAGUGGUAGAGAGGACUGUGGAGGAGAAGAAACUACUAGGAAUCCAGAUCUAAAUCUUUAUGGAUAUGAUUCUAACUCUUCAGAGACUGAAGUCAGCAAUGAUGAAGAUGAUGACCAGGAUGGCAACAAUUCUGACUGUCAGCUGAAACUCUUGUCAGAUUCUGAGCCAAACACCAAAGAUGAUAACAAAGACUGGAAGGAGAGCAGGUCUUCUAAAUCACAUGUUAAGGCUGUCAAAUCUUUCAGCUGCCCAGAGUGUGGUGAACAGUUUCUCCAUGAGCGGUCUCUCCAGAAACACAUGAGAGUGACAAGUCAUUCAGGACUGAAGUCUUCAAGCUGUUGUGUUGAUAAACGUGUUAGAGUGAAGCAAAAUGUAGACGCUAGCAGAAAAGUUCAGACAAAACUAAAAUCAUUUAGUUGUGAUGACUGUGGAAAAAGUUUCAGCUGCAUGUCACAUUUAAACAUUCACAUGAGAGUUCACACAGGACAGAAGCCUUUUGCUUGUGAGUUCUGUGGACAAAGGUUUAGUGUAAAGUCUAGUUUAAACAUUCACAUGAGAGUCCACACAGGCGAGAAGCAUUUUACUUGUGAGCUCUGUGGACAAAGAUUCGCACUCAAGGGAAAUUUAGACAGACACAUGAGAGUCCAUACAGGACAGAAGCCUUUUGCUUGUGAGCUCUGUGGACAAAGAUUCACACUCAAGGGAAAUUUAGACAGACACACGAGAGUCCAUACAGGACAGAAGCCUUUUGCUUGUGAGCUCUGUGGACAAAGGUUUAGUCUAAAGUCAAGUUUAAACAGUCACAUGAGAAUUCACACAGGACAGAAGCCUUUUCCUUGUGAGCUCUGUGGACAAAGAUUUAGUGAUAAGUCAAGUUUAAACAAACACAUGAGAGUUCACACAGGAGAGAAGCCUUUUACUUGUGAGCUCUGUGGACAAAGAUUUAGUCGAAAGACACAUUUAAACACUCACAUGAGAGUCCAUACAGGACAGAAGCCUUUUGCUUGUGAGCUCUGUGGACAAAGAUUUACCCAAAAGGGAAAUUUAGACACUCACAUGAGAGUCCAUACAGGACAGAAGCCUUUUGCUUGUGAGCUCUGCGGACAAAGAUUUGCUCAAAAGAGAAGUUUAAACUUUCACACGAGAGUCCACACAGGACAGAAUUAAUUUACAUUAUUAAAAUAUAUAUUUUGUGACUUCUAAGGGUGUUGAAUGAAAUGUGCUACUGAUCUGGAAGCUCUUUUAACUGAAAUGAAAGGCAGCAAUUUUAUUAAAUGUUUUGUUUUUGGAGAAGAAAAGGUUGAAAAUGAAAUGUUUGUUUGCCACUAAAGAGUUUUAUUUAAUCUCUUUGUUCACUAUUCAGUUUGUUGUUCGCUGUUUCUGGAGUUUAAACGUAAAUGCUGAUUUUCUGCAAAGUGAGAUGGCUCGCCAUCAAAGUCAGCAGAUUAAUCCACUCGUGUAAUUAUCUGUCAUGCAAAUAAACCUGAUCAAAAAUUAA